UCUUUCUCUAAACAAAUGUCAAGAAAGACGCGUCACGCUGUUGUGCGCAGUUUGUUAAUUUAAUUGUGCCGCCAUUUUGAUUUCUGCAAAUAGCUUUGAGAUUACAAGAUUUUACUGUGAGUUUAAAGCACGAAUAACAUCAAACUAACUCAAAAUGAGUUACGGAAGGCCUCCACCUCGUAUAGAUGGCAUGGUUUCACUGAAAGUGGACAACUUAACAUACCGCACGACUCCUGAAGAUCUGCGCCGCGUUUUUGAGAGGUGUGGUGAUGUCGGCGACAUAUAUAUCCCACGAGACCGGUAUACGCGAGAAAGCAGAGGAUUCGCAUUUGUCAGAUUCUACGAUAGACGAGAUGCUGAAGAGGCAUUGGACUCUCUAGACGGGCGCAUGUUGGACGGAAGGGAGCUCCGUGUGCAGAUGGCUCGCUACGGGCGUCCAUCGUCACCGUACAGGAGCCGCCAUGACCGGCGUCGCAGCAACUCCCGUCGUCGCUCCAGGUCACGCUCGCGCUCCCGCCGUCGCUCGUACUCGCGCAGCCGCUCACGCUCCCGCUCGCGCAGUCGCAGCCGCUCCGACUCUAAGAGCUCCCGAGGGAGGUCUCGCAGCCGCAGCCACAGCCGUUCACGAUCAAGGCAUUGAAGCAAUGUGUUGAAGUACCUAGAGGCUGUGAAGUGCUGUUUUCCAGGCCUAGAUGAGAAUAUGCAGCCAUUCGCCAAGGUACUAGAACACACUAAACAUUAGAAACCUUAGACUAACUAUUGACAUAACAGCAAACUUGCGAGAAACAUCUAGCUUUAAGUUCUCUAAUUAUUGUAAAAGAAAUAAUUUUCAAUUACUUCUGUUUUACUUUGUGUAUUGCUUUUAUAUAAACAAGAAAUUAUAAACUUUACAUUAUCCAUGUAGAGAUAAUUUUGCUAAUAAAAUGUAUCCUAACUUUGCAAGUAAGUCAAGUCAUUGUAAAAAUGUUUUUUUUUUACUUAAGUGUACUACUGAUACUAGAAUUCAAAAAUUGUAUGUAUUGUGUAAUUAAUCUACACUUAGUAAUUGCCACAAGGCCAUUAGGUGUCAUUUCAGGUUUAUAUAAUAAAAAUCAGAAGUCAACAAAUUGGUUAAAUUGGGCAUAUUUAUAGGACAACCUCGAGGAGCGGUAAAUAAAUGUAAAAUCGUGAUUUUUUUUUAUUAGUACAAUAAAUACAGCCCUGAACAAAUUUUAUUAAUGUAAUGUGUUAAUAUUAUUAGAUAUUAAGAAUUGAUUUACUGUCUUGUUUUCUUUACUUAACUUCAUUUUACAACAAUGUAACAAUAUUAAUUAAAGUGUUGGUAUGCUCAGGGCAUUGGAGUAUGCUGGGAGCGAGGCAGUUUGCGGGGAGGGGGUUAUUGCGGUUUGCUGACAACUGCUGAAUUGCUGUUGUUGCAGAGCAUAAGUUAUGAGUAAACUUUAUAUUUUUACUGACAAAAUAUGACCACACAACUGUGUAGGUAUUAAUGAUAAUACUAAACCCUAUAUCAGUAGGAUUAAAUAAUCAUUGUUUGUUUCACACUUAUCCAAAUUGUAAUGCACACAAAAUGAAGUAGAUAAAAUAUAUGAUUAUAAUGUUAAACAUUUCAGUAAAAAAAACUUAUCAAAACCUUUGACUGUUUAGACUAUGGACCUGUUUCGCACCCAAAUUCACCAACAAAGAAGUCUGUCGUUUUUUGAGGGGGAGGAGGUAAACUCACACAUCGGAAAUAUUUAACACCAUUAUGCAAUACACACACGCGUAAAUUUUACACAGGCUAAAAAAAACACAUCGCCUAGCCUAUCCACAGAAUAUAUACAUAGAAUAUUCGAGUAUUUGAUCGAUGUCUUGCUUGCUUGUCUUGUCCGUCAAAAUAAUUGAUUCAUUUUAGAAAUUGUUUUUAUUACAAAUUUGAUAAAAUUAAGGUAGAAAUACUUACAAAUGAAACGUUACUCCAUCUUUUACUAAACUACAAGUUUUUGGCCAUUUUUUAUGUCAUUCAACUAUACAAACCGGCAUUUUUAGAGAGCUCUUUAAACGAUUACAACAAUCUAACAUCGAUCCUAUAGCAACAGUUUUUUUAAACGCGUUAGAUCAUUGAUUUUUGAUCUUUGCCAGAGGGGUAACGGUUAGCGAGGCAGGUCCUGUUAUUAAUGGUCGAAGAUCAAAACAGUGGUGUUUGUGGUCACAUAGUGGAUUAAUCUAUGGAUUUGUUUGGCAGGCCGGUGCUGCCCGCUGGCCUGUUUGCUGUGGCAGUUUGCUGUGCUGAUUGCUGUGAUUUGCAGUUUCGCGCGUCUAGGUUUUAUAGAAUGCAGGACUCCCCUCCCUGCUCAACAAAUAAUUAUAAGUACAGUUUUAAUGAAUUUUCUAUCCUUAGGUUUUUGGAGGAAACGGUUUUAAAAGCACGAUCAGCUCAUUAAUUUGUUGUGACAAUUGUUGCAAAGUGUUUGUCUUGUACGAGUGCUAAAACUCUUUCUUUCAAGUUGUCUGCCAUCGAGGAAGAAGACGUCUGAAUACUGAGGACAACAUCAAACAGGAUAUUCAAAAUCAAAUAGGUUUAACGUCAUCUUUAAAUAAAAUUAGUAAGCAAAAA